AUGCAGCUCUACCAUGCGAUCGCGCUGGUGUCGAUGCUCGCGCAGGCGUCGGCUGCCUCAACUUCAUCUUCAUCUUCGUCUUCGUCUUCUAACGAUUUGAACGGCUGGUACCCCUGCUCCGAGUCCACCUUCGCGGACGAAGGGGGAUCUGGCGACCUGGAUGCCGAAUGCGCCGUGUACACCGCGCCGCUGUGCUACCCUGGAAUCUGCGAGACCGCAGACUUUAUCGACUCGACUGUCGAUAUUUUCGUGAAGCGCGUGCCGGCUUUGACCGACCCCGACAGGGCGACCAACGUUUGGCUGAUGCAAGGCGGCCCCGGAGCUUCAUCCACUGCAAGUAAGUGCUGUCCGUCUUGGAUUAAUUACCGCUAUCGAAUAGAUAAACUAACGUUUAUUUUUUUGUAG